GGGCUAACUAAUGGGGAGGACACAACACAGGAACUUGGACAUGAUGUGGUGCCUGCUGUUCCUGACCCUCCCCCUCCUGGGGAGUUCAAUCCCUCUGAUUCAAGACAGGGAACAAGUUGGCAUCGUUGGUGGCCAGGAUGCUCCAGAGGGGGAGUGGCUUUGGCAGGUCAGUCUCAGGACUUAUGAAGAUCAAUACUGGAUGCACUUCUGUGGUGGCUCCCUCAUCCACCCCCAGUGGGUACUGACUGCUGCCCACUGCUUUGACACUAUUCCACAGGAGCCUUCAUCAUUCAGGGUCCAACUGAGGGAACAGCACCUCUAUUAUAAGGACAAGCUACUGCCCCUGACGAAGAUUAUUGUUCAUUCCAAAUACACUUUCAUUAAUCGGGGUUGGGAUAUUGCUCUGUUAAAACUGAAGAACCCUGUGGAGCUGUCCAGUCAUAUAGAGCUUAUUAGGCUUCCUAAUGCCACGGAGACCUUCCCCUUGGAUUCGGAGUGCUGGGUGACCGGCUGGGGGGAUCUUAAUAAUGGAGUACACCUGCCCCCACCCUAUACCCUGAGGCAGGUGCAAGUCCCUUUGGUGGAUACACAGGAAUGUGAUGAAGAGUACCACAUAGGAAAGUAUACAGACCCAUCUGUGAAGAUCAUUACCGAUGAUAUGUUAUGUGCAGGAAAACCACAUAUAGACUCUUGUCAGGGUGACUCCGGGGGACCCCUGGUGUGCAAAGUUGGGGACUCCUGGAAGCAGGCUGGGGUGGUGAGUUGGGGAAUAGGCUGUGGCAUUCCCCACAAGCCUGGCAUCUACACACGUGUCACAAGCUACGUGGAUUGGAUCAACAAGCAUAUUUCCCCAUGCUCCUCUGCAAACCCAGUUAGUGUCUAAGCCCGCUGUAUCUGCUAGGAAGCCCAUUAAGGCAUCCCAGUUCCUAUGCUUCCCCAUUUCUCUGACCCCUUGCUUCUUUGAGCUCAGCCUUUUCCUCUUCUUCUCUGAACCAUCUCCUCUUUGGCUACCCCAGAGGCUUCAUAGUCCUGGCUGGGAGUCUAGACAUCUCUGCUCUAAUUUUCUGCUCUGUCAUUGACUCUCUGGGACUUUGAAGAAGUCUCUUCUCCUGUCCUUUAAUUUCGUCCUCUGAAAAAAAUGUUCUGAGGGCACGGCUGCUUUGGAAUUUUUGGCCCUGGUGUUCUAUGAUCCCUUGAGUCUAUUUUGUGCAUUGUCUUGCAGUAGUUGAUGGAUGGGGCAAGAUAAAAAUUGGGGAAAUAGGCUCAUUUACACGGUAUUCCUUGUAUUUUAUUAAAUUGCAAAACCAUCUUGUUCUAGAAACAGCUCUUUCUUUGGGCUGGCUCAACCCAUUGAGUCUCUUCGUCCACUGUUAUGGGGUUUCUUAGGGAACUAGUUAUAUCUCCUUCCCCUGACCAAAGAGGAUUAAGGGAUAUCAAUAAAGAC